CAAACGUCAGGACUGGAUACACAGCACUUGCAAAGCUGAGCUGAUCGGCUUACCAAACCUUCUUCCUGUGCAUACCUGCCUGCUGAGCUACUAGCUGGGCAGGUCUUUAGGCCUCUCUUGUGUUUCUACUUCAUCUCUGGUGCUGUUGUUCUGCGCUUACCUAUAGUAGGAAGGACUGGCUCAUAUCCUCGAAGACAGCACCGCUCUGGAAGAUGGCUGCAACAUUGCCGGAGCAGGAGGACGAGUAUCGGAUCAAACGCAUACAAUUCUUCGGUCGGUCAUGUACACCGAUCUUCAUGCAAAAUCGUAACGGACCGUGCCCGCUGCUGGCACUGGCGAACGUGCUUUCGCUGCGCAAUCAGCUGCCCGAUAUUGGCACAUCAACCACAUGCAUCAGCCAAAAGCGCCUCAUCGCGAUGGUUGCGGAGCGUUUGCUGGACGCCAACCCAACUGGCGCGGGAAGCGGCGGCGCCUAUGAAGCGGACUUGCAGCAGAAUCUGUCUGACAGCCUUGACAGCCUUCAUAGAUUGGCUGUCGGGAUGGAUGUCAACGUGCGCUUCAAUAGCGUCUUCGGGUUCGAGCCCACCCAGUACGUGAGCAUCUUCGACCUGCUGGAUGUGUCGCUGUGCCACGGCUGGCUGGUGGAUCCGCAUGGGGACAGCGAGGCGGCGGCCGUGGUGGGCUCCCGCAGCUACAAUGAACUCAUCGAGAUGAUCGUAACCACAAUGGAGACCCUGCAGCAGCAGCCCCCGGCUCCUGCUCCUCACCAGCCCCAGCAGCAGGCGCUGCAGCCUUCUCCUCCUCAGCAGCAAGUCCAGCAGCAGCAGCAGCCUCAGGCGCAGCAGCAGCACGUGCAGGAGCAGCAGCAGCAGCACCAACAGCCAGAGGAGCUGCACCAACAGCAGCAGCAAGUGGAGGACCAGCCCCAACUCGCCUCCAGGGACUUGCCGCAGGUAAUUGCCGUUGCCCUGCAAGCGGCGCCACCCGGCUCUCCCCGGUCCGAUGGCUCCUCCCAAGAGGCUGUCUCCCCCUCCGGCGCUGCUGCAGCAGCUGCUGCUGCCAUCCCAACCCCGCCCUCGGCACCAACUCUAGAAGGAGGAGACGAGGGGCUGGCGGCGAUGCCUCCGUCCGCUGCGGCCGUGUGGAGCUCGGCGGCGGCGAACCUGCUGCCUGAAGCGGCACCGUCACAGCAUGCGGCUGCGGCUCCGGACGUAGGCGGCAACGACGGUGGCAACGACGGUGGCAACGGGGCAGGCAGCAGCAGCAGCGGUAGUGGUCAUGCAGCCGGUGGCGGGGCGGUGGGGGUGGUGGUACCGCCCUUUACUCUCAACCUUGGAGACUCGCUGCUGCUGUUGGCGGAGGGCGGUGAGAGGAGCGUGCCCACGGAGACAUCUGCUGCGCCGCCACCGCCACCUCCGCCUCCUCCGCCACCGGCAAUGCAGCCGGUGCUCGGUGUGCAUUCGGAUGCGUACUGCCCGCAACCGCAGCAGCCACAGCAGCCGGCAGCACCACCGCCGGCUGAGCAACGGGACCUCAUUUGCUUUGAUGACUUCGAGGAGCAACCUCCGCCGUCGCCUCCUCCACCGCCACCUCCCCCUCCGCUGGCCCCUCCGCCCUCCCCACCGCCACCACCGCCGCUCCCAGCCGACGCGGUGCCCCCCUCCACCACUCCCACCUUCGCCACCACCUCCACCACCCCCAUGCCUCCGCCUCCGCCUCCCGCCCCGGCUGCCGCUCCUACCGGCACCUCCCUCACCUACCCAUAUUCCUACUCAUCACCAUCACCCGACGCGGCGGCUGCAGCCCCCACCAGCGCCGCGGCGGCUGGCGGCGGAACAGCAGAGACGGCUGCAGCCCCCAGCAGCUCCGGCUCCGGCUCAGGCUCACAGCCAUACAGCGGCAGCGCCGGCAGUGCUGGCACUAGCAGCACCCCGGGCUCGGGCCCCUCGCUCCCUUUGGGCCCCUCGGGCUCCUCUGGUGCCGCGGGGGAUGCCGCGUGGGACCGCCUGGCUCGGCGCGCGUACGAGGUGAUGGUGGCGCGCGACUUCCUGGAGACCACCUGCUCGCAGCUGACUGCGGUGGGGCUGUCGGAGCUGCGGCGGGGGCUCAAGGAUAAUCAGCUUGCCGUGUUCUUCCGGAACAACCACUUCUCCGUCAUCUUCAAGCGGGGGGCCAGCGGGCAGCUGUACCUGCUGGUCACGGAUCAGGGCUACCUCAAUGAGGCGGACGUUGUGUGGGAGCAUCUGUCCAGUGUGGCCGGGGACAACCAGCUGUGUGACGCGAACUUCUCGCCCUUCAAGCCGCACCGCGAUGCCUCAGCGGCGGCAGCAGCGGCUGGCGGCGGCGGUGGAGGUGAGAUGAGCGAGGCUGAUGCGGCCGCCAUUGCCGCGGUGCUGGCGGAGGACGAUGCGCAGACGCUGGAUCUCACCGGGCUGGAUCUGAACCAGCAACAGCAGCAGCCUGCGAGGCAGGGCGCGCAACAGCAGCAGCCACAGCAACAGCAAAUGCAGCAGCAGAGUUUGCAACAGCAGCAGCAGUGGGAGCAGUGGCAGCGACAACAGCAAUGGCAACAGCAGCAGCUACCCCAGGGCUACCCACAACCUCAGCAGCAGCAACAGCAGUGGCAGCCGCAGCAGUCGCAACCACAGCAGCCGCAGCAGCCACAGCAAGCGUUGGGCUGGGCAGGUGGUCACCCGCAGGCUGGUACGGCAACGCCAGAUGCAGUGUACGGCAAUCUACCGUACGAGCAACAGCCGUACAACCACCUGCCCUACCAGCCCCAGCAUGGGGGCCACCCCGACCUGGACGCUGACAUGGCGCUUGCGUUGAGGCUUCAGGAGGAGGAGGAGAUGGCGGCAGCUGCAGAGCGGCAAGCGCGGCAGCAGCAGCAGCAGCAACCGCAACAGCAGCAGGGCCAGCAGCUGGACGGUUCUCGGGAACAGCAACAACAACGCAGGGGCACUUAUACGCCCGCUUACCAACAGCAGCAGCAACGGCAGCAGCUGCAGGGGCAGCAGCAGCGACCCACGGGUCAGGCAGGCGCCCGAGGUGGGGCGCCACAGCGGCCCGCAGCCCAGCAGGAGGACAGCAAGUGCGCCAUCAUGUAGUGUGCGAGGUCGCCCCAUCAGGAUACGUUCCGCAGGAUUCGCUGUAUUGGCGGUACGUUUGGUCGAUUGUGUUUUUGCCUGGGAAAUGCGCGGAUCCGUACCUGGGUGUCUUGCUAAUGAAGAGACAUGCAGCAACAAGUGAAGGCGUUGCAGGGUUGGUGCGUAGGCGUACGAAAUUGGACGCGCUGGUAUGACUGCUUGCUUCAUUCUUGGGUUGUAGGCAGGUAUCUAAUGCUGCAUUAAGUGCGGGUGUGGCUCAUAGGUGUCAUGUAUUCCCUGUUGUCGCGGCUUGUGCAGGCUACCGUGACAUGGGGUGCCCUGUUCGGUUUGACGACGUGUGCGGCUCAAGAAAGCGGCAAUUGGGUCCUCGCAUGCUUGCAGGAAAUGUGGGGCCGGAAGCAGGAUGCGUAUCGUGGUGUGGAGUCGUAGCUUACAUUCAUUUACGAGCCUGCGUGCUUUGAAGGACGGCGCUUGCGCGUUUCUAGCAUUAGGAUUCAGUGGAUUCUAUAUUUUCAGGGUGCCGCUGUUAUCGGUUCGUGCAAGACUGGCAGGCAUGGCAAGGGAUGACGGCCCGUGCAUAAGGAGUAAUAUGCCUGCAAUGUAAGGUACCUGG